GAGGCAAAUGAUGAGCAAAAAAUCUGAUGAUAACGAGCAAACGCCACUGCAAAUGAAAGUGAAGAAGCUAGCGCAGUCCAUGCGGACGAUUUGUAAAAUCAUUCUUGUGCUACUUCUUGUUGUCAGUGACUUCACCAACAAUAUUGCAAUUGACAAGAAUGAAAACACGGAAGACAGCAAUAAGACAAAGGCGCACAAUGUAGUGAAUGCUGUCAAGGGGAUUGUUGCUGCCGCAGCUAUUGUUAAGCUCACUUUAGCGGAAGCCAUGGAGAGAAUAAAGUGUUGAGGCCUCUGCUUUCGAUACUAUAGGCUCUGUCAGCAUCAUUGUCACCAAUAAAACCAUUACCCUCAC